AAACAGAUCAGCAUAUCCGGGUUUAGCAUGUCCGUUAGAUAUAUUUGGUUCACCGGAUAAAUCAUCAAAUUCUCACUCUGCUAUCUUUUUAUUUCCACAACGAUGGAGGUUCUUGGUGUAUCAGUUUCACCUCUCACCUCAACGCCCUCUAAUCCCAGGAACUAUCAGCAUUACAGUAACCACCGAUUCGGAAAAACUCAUUUCUUCAACCCGUCGUCUUUGAAACACAAACCCCUUCACCAAAUUCAGUUUAAGUCCAGCUGCAAGGGGAUCAUAAAAGCGCAAGCAGUCGAUGAAGAUUACGAGUUAAAGCAAGUGAAAGAUAUGGCUGCAGCCAGGAAGAGAUGGGAGGCCCUGGUAAGGGAGGAGAAAGUGAAAAUGCUUACACCAAAGGAAGCUGGAUACGCCAUUCAACUUUCUGGCAAAACAUUACUUGAUGUUCGUCCAUCUACAGAGCAUGAAAAGGCAUGGGUUAAAGGGUCAACUUGGAUCCCAAUCUUUGAUGUCGAUACUCAGUUUGAUGCUGGAACUCUUUCACGGAAGGUCACAAGUUACAUGAUGGGAGGUUGGUGGAGUGGCGUGCCUACAUUAUCUUAUGAUAAACAAUUUGUUUCAAAAGUCAUGGAGAAAUUCCCAAAAGAUACAGACCUUAUUGUCGCAUGCCAAAAGGGAUUAAGGUCUUUAGCUGCCUGUGAGCAACUAUACAAUGCUGGUUAUACAAACGUUUUCUGGAUUCAAGGAGGUCUAGAGGCUGCUGAAGAAGAGGAUCUUGAAAGGGAAGGUCCUCAGCCCCUUAAGCUUGCUGGAAUUGGUGGAGUUUCAGAGUUUCUUGGUUGGACUGAUCAGCAAAGAGCUCAAGCUGCAAAGGAGGGCUGGGGUUACAAGCUAAUGUUUUCUGCUCGAUUGGUGGGGGUUGUUAUUGCUGCUGAUGCAUUGUUUAUUGGGGUCCAGCAACUCGCUCAUUAUCUUCAAGAUAUAAGGGCUAACUAAAGAUCCAUUUUUUUUUUUGUUCAAAGAUUAUAGAUUUCAUAGGCGCUUUUUACAAUUCUUGUAUAAUUUUCAUGAGGUGAUUAUACUGCUAUUGCCUCACUAAAUUUUGUCUAUAAACCGGAACUAUGUAUGUGUGUAUAAUUUAGGCCAUGUUUUUUUUUUUCUUCCA